UAGCUAUGUAAAUUCUUUAUAAGAUGUGCAUGAUCAAUUAUACACUGAAUAUCACACUUAAUCUUUCAAGAUAAUAUGAUUAUAACUUUGUUCAACAAAGGCCUGAAACAAAGGGAAAUCAUCUGUGUACUGACUGCAUAUGGGCAUAAAAUAAGGGAUAUGGAGAUGUGCUGCACAUAGUUGACGCAGACCUCUUGGACUACGCCAAGCAAUUCAUCUGUGACAGAGAAGAGCCUUCACUGGUUGCCAACCAGGAAUUUAGAGACCUGUGCCAGACCAUUUUGGGAAACAGUCAACUACCAUGCACACCUGAUGGUUGCCUUGCUGCAUACCUCAUGCUGGUCCAAGACUUCACAAGUGCCCUGAACAGAAAUGCAGUUCCUGCACCUUCUACAUUUGCAGAGGCAAAUGACAUCUAUAUAUUUCUGAAGAGACAGAGGAUGUAAGAUGCAAGAAGGAACAUUUACCAUGACCAACAAAAUGUGACUUUGUUUGGUAACAUUUAUUUGUCUUUCUUUACAUUCUCCAAAUAAUGUUGGAACACCUUGGCCAACAACAUUCACAAGAAAUAUUUGAAAUACAACAAAAA